UGCAGUAGUAAAAGUUCGUGCUUCUGCAAAGUAUUGCAAAAAUGCUCUUCGCUGUCGGGCGACGUCUAAACUGUCCCUUGCUGCAGAUAUGUUAGAAAAAAUUAAAAUACAAUAAUUAAUUUGCACAAUAUGAUUUCUGGGGGUUCCGAGAAGGCAGCUCCGCUGUGCGUGUGGGCUAUUUGUUUGUUCGUACUGCUUGCAUUUCUGCCGGAGAUUUCAUCCGUAGCACUGGAAAAUGGCACAUUGAUUGCAACAGAACCCUACAUUAACCUGGAAAACGAGUGUAAUAAUACGUUCGAAUUGCCUUGCAUUUCCGGCACCGGUCGUGUUAACAAGGGUGGUACGCUGCGAUUUCCCAAAGUGCCACAGACGUCGUGCCAAGUAACAGUUACUGCUGCCGCUUGCAAGGAUUCACCGAUUGCCUCUAAUUUUAGUUUAUACUUCAACAUACGAGAUGUGGUGUUGCCGUCGAAAGAUCACGUGGACAUUUACCAGUUGCUUGCACCUUCCACCGCAGCGUUAUUGAAGACGGUGUACAGUGGCAUGGUUGCAAAUCCUAAACGAAGAUCCGUCUCUCAAGCACAGACCAACUUUGUGAACGGGAACAUGCAAGUGCGCCUGGAUCUGGUGCGAAGUGCCCAGACAACGGACCGCCAGCAUCGCGUGGAGAUCGAAUACACCGUCGUGACCGCAGAGAACGUGAUGGACAACGGGAUUCGCUGCGCCGCACUGGACGGUUAUGUUGACCGGGAUCUGGUGUGCAGGAACAUCGAGAGAAUAACCUGCCCAAACCAAUACGAGCCGAAUCUGUAUGGUGCUAAUCCAGCGGCGGAUGUGGAUAAACGGGAAUGUGACAAUUUGACCAUCCAGGAAGCUUUUCGUGAUGACUUUACCGGGAACGAUUUAAACCACUCAAGAUGGAAUAUCCACGAAACCAUUGAAAUGGACGACGAAGUGCAGAUCGACAAGGCAGCGGAAAACGUGGCGGUCGCCGACGGUUAUUUACACAUGCGAGCCGAACGCAUAAUGACCGGCACAACGGCCUCUUACCGCGUUAGUCAUAUAAGCACCGGGGAGAAAUGCAGCUUCCUCUACGGCGAAGUGGAAAUCCGCGCCAAAUUCCCGUGUACCGACACAUUACCGAUCCAAGCUUUGCUGCGAUUGGUCCGUCCCGAAUGCCGGUUCGACUUCGAGGAGGCAUGCAAAUCAGGAGCCCUCACCGUAGCUGAUUAUUCGAGCCGAUCUCCUUCUGCCGUGGAAGUAGCGGCGGAUAAUGGAGAAUAUGUCAAGCAGAAAUACUUUAGCAACGCAAAUUUAUCCGCGGAUUUCCAUAUAUACAAAAUGGACUGGAAGCCGAAUUUAAUUGUGUGGUAUAUCGACGAUAAGGAGAUUCAUCGCGUUGUUGAUAUUAGGGACAUUCCAACACAACCCAUGCAGUUUUUCAUGGAAGUCUCGGUAUUCCCGACAGAGCCCACGGGAUCCAAUGAAACCGCGGAACUUCUUGUGGAUUAUGUAAUUAUCCGCAGUGACAACGGACAUUUAUUGGACAAAACACUGGAUAUAUGGCACAUUGCCAUGAUUGUAACGGGCGCUGCCAUGCUGCUAAUAUUGCUCGUAAUCGUCGGCAAAUACAUCCACGAGAAACUUACGCAUCACCCGUUUAAAAUACCCUACCUCAAGAAUGUUUUCUUAAUACCGGAAUCGGAUAUAAAAAUUCUGGAGGUUAUCGGUGAGGGGCACUUUGGAAAAGUGUGGAAAGCCACGGCCAUCAAGAUUCCGGGAAUUGGAUGCCCCUGUACUGUGGCUGUUAAGGAGAUUAGGACCCAUCAGACAGAAGCCAAUCCGGUAUACAAGCGGUGGUCAAGGACCACUUUCGAUAUGGAUGCACUGCACUCGCUCUACAGCGGACGAAAGGCGUCGGAAUUGGAGGAAGUGCGAGUGCACAGUCAGAUCAAAAAGCGGCAUUUGAACAUUAUCAAUCUUCUGGGAAUGAUAUUUUCUGACGGACGCUUGCGCGUAGUCCUCGAAUAUGCUCCUCACGGGUCGUUAUUGGAUUACCUCCGUAAACAUAAACAGAUGAUCCACGAUCGUGAUCCGUAUCGGAAUUACUUAAACGAAUACGAUGGGUACCUGGUUCCUAAUGGGCAGCGAGAUGAAUCGUGGCCACCGGGGUGGCCGUUACAUGAGGAUGAUCUGGUCAAUUUUGCCUAUCAAAUCAGUCGUGGAAUGACACAUUUGGCGCUGUACAACAUCAUCCAUCGUGAUCUUGCCGCGCGCAAUGUCCUGGUUUGCGAGGAUAAAGUGGUCAAGAUCUGCGAUUUCGGGUUGGCCCGACACUGCACGGAGAAAUCGGAGUAUAUACGUUUGGCAAAAACGGAUACGACACCGUUGCCGGUACGCUGGAUGUCACCAGAGACAUUACAGGCGGACAGUCGAAACCGGGUGUUUUCGGAGAAGUCCGACGUGUGGGCCUUCGGCGUGGUCAUGUGGGAAAUAUUUUCUUUUGGUGCUCAACCAUAUCACGAUGUUAUCAAGGGGAUGUCCAGUGAAUCACUGAUCAAACUGAAGAAUCUACUGCACAACGGAGGGCGCCCGGCAGUUCCCGCCGGCUGCCCAGGGACAGUGUACGACAUUAUGCAGGCCUGUUGGCACUACGAGGCCAAAGACCGGCCCACGUUUGUCGAGCUGAUCAACCUCAUCGACCCGUUGAUGGGAGAAAAUGCGCGCAACAAUUAUACGUCUCUGGAUGAGCCCUACGUGCGCUUCAAUGCGCACAAUUACGCCAAUGUGGGGGACAGUGAGCAUCGCGGGCCGACAUGUCUACCUCAGUGUCUAAAUAUUAAAUUUUGAGGGUUCUUGUACGGAAAAUCAACGCAUUUCAAACGUUUUUGUUUCUUCACCGCGUACGACACUCCGGAACACCGAUCGGAAACGAUCAAGGAAUCAGAGGGUCAUUCCUGGCAAUAGGAUACGGAGCGCUGGUUUGAUAAGUGGAUUUUUCAGUACAGCGGAGUAGCCGUAUUCCAGUCUGCAGAUUGUCAGAAAUAAAUUGUUGUGUGGGCUGGGAAAGCAUGUUCAGCAUUAAAGGCGAUUGUUUAA